AUGCCUCUGGACCAGGCAAGCUCUGGGACUUGGCAAGCUCUUGGACCAGGCAAGCUCCUGGACCAGGCAAGCUCCUGGACCAGGCAAGCUCCUGGACCAGGCAAGCUCCUGGACCAGGCAAGCUCCUGGACCAGGCAAGCUCCUGGACCAGGCAAGCUCCUGGACCAGGCACGCUUCUGGACCAGGCAAGCUC